AUGAAGUUGUUUUCCCUGUCGGUCAUUUCGUUAUUGGGAUCUCUAAUCUGCAAGGCUUACGUUAUAGAUAUUUCCAAGACAGAGGACACGAGGCCUGGGAUCAUCGGCCUUCCUCCGGGGGACGGCGGCCCUCUGGAUAAGAUUAUCGACGGCUUAUACACCAUUUGGAUCAAGGACGAUGGGCAGGAGUGUAUAAACAUCGACAAGAGGACCAUAGGUGACAUUACCACCCUUAUUCUCUACCUCAAGAGGCCUAACCAGCUGACCCAGCCGAGGUACAUGAUCAAGAGGAGCGGCGCCUGGACGGUUGUAGAACGAGACGAAUUUGUGAGAAUAACAAGCAGUUAUGCUCCCACGGCUGCACAGAGCAGCGCUAUACCAAAGAUUAUAGAUGCUCCCGAAAGCCAAAUUCCACUCUCGAAGGAAGAAGCUCCAAUCACACGGAGCGAUGCUUCAACCAUUAUAACCGCUCAGAAUGAGAAGCCAGGCAUCAGAAUCCCCAAGGAAGAAAAGGUGGCUAUUCCUAUCGCAAAACCAUUGACAAUCACAACUCCACUCGGGACGUCUCCAGUCUCCUCCCCAAAGAAGGCAAACAUACGCGAGGCUGCUACAUGCUCGCCAAUCACCCUGGAUAUAUCCAGCCUAUACCCCUCGCAUGCCACCAUCCACGAAGGGCGUCUAGGGAACAUUAUCCAGAGGACUUACAUCCCAGAGGACGAUUACAUUAUCAUGAAGAUCGUGGAGAGAUACUCACCCGUCUGGGAAGGCUCCUCUAAUGGAGCGACAAGCGUCUACGUCUACAUUAGGAACGGUGUUGCAGAGCUCUUCAACAUGUACAUUCAGGGAGAGAGGAGGAACCUCUACUUUGUAAAGUACGAGAGGGGAUGGGUAAGGUCCACAAAGAUGGAGUUUGACGGAAGGUACGAAGCUCUUCACAAGGAAAAGGUUCUUCUGGCUCCAGUUCGGUGCUGCAUCACCCUCGAUGUGUUGGAUAUUCCAGACAGAGCCAUUGAAAUCCGUAAAGUGACUGAUAACAUUGUAAUUCUUGAGCCUGUCCAAGAAACGAUCGUAAACAAAUUGGUGGAAGGCAAAACAAUAAUAUGGAUUCCAAAGGAUGCAGGUAAAUGUAUUUCCGCAACGUUUACAAUGAAGGAAGAUAAGCCACAAUACGCAGAACUUGUUGUAGAGGAGGAAGGAAGGGUUAGAACAAUCUACCUUGAAAGGAGAUUCUCUGGGUGGAUUCGUAUCACCAAGGAAGAAUACGACUCAAGAGCAGGAAGGAUUGAGGAAAAGAAGGACGGAUUCCUCACCAAUACCGUGUACAUUAUACCGUUUUUAUUCACAGUGGUCUCAUUUUAUAUUUAA